AUGGCCGACAAGAUGGGCUCCUUCACGGAGUUCUUCGAGCUCAUCAUGACCCCCUCCAUGCCGGUCAUCGCCAUCGGCGCCGCCAUCGUCCUCCUCUUCCCCAUCCUGCUACACUACAUCCUGAUCAAGUCGACGCCCUACACGACACUCCCCUCGGUUCUCCUUCUGGGCCCCGCCGGCGCCGGCAAGACGGCCCUCCUCACCCUCUUCGAGCGCGGCGACGCCCCUGCAUCCACGCACACGAGCCAGCGGCCCCAGACCGUCGAGCUCACGGCCUCGCGCGACAGCAAGACGGCCCAGAGCUUCCGCAACCACGACGACACGAGCGGCACCCAUACAAAGUUCCUCCUCGUCGAUACCCCGGGGCACGGCAAGCUGCGCAACUAUGCCAUGGCCAAGCUCGCCAGCAGCACCUCGGACAAGUCCAAGCUCAAGGCCAUCCUCUUCAUGAUCGACGCCGCCGCGAUCAGCGAGAACGAGGUCCUCGCGCCGACUGCCAGCUACCUCUACGACGUUCUCCUGGGUCUGCAGAAGCGCGCCUCUUCGAGCAAGUCGUCGAAGCCCCCUGCGCCCAUCCCCGUUCUCGUCGCCGCCAACAAGACGGACCUGUUCACAGCGCUGCCUGGCGCGUUGGUCAAGUCGAGCCUCGAGGCGGAGAUCACUCGGAUACGCUCGUCGCGCAGCAAGGGCCUGCUGGAUUCCGGCGUUGGCAUCGACGAGAUCGGCUCCGAGGAGCACGACGACUGGCUGGGCGCGUACGGCACGGAGAAGUUCACUUUUGACCAGCUGCGCGAGUUCGACGUCGACGUCGAUGUGAUUGCGGGCAACGUCACCGGAAACGGCUCAGGCCCCGACAAGUGGUGGUCCUGGAUUGCCCAACGGAUAUAA